AUGGACUCUAUGUGGAGUUUUUCUUUGCGGUUACUCCUGUUUUGGCUUUGGACCAGCUGCCUGGAUGCGGGUUAUGUUGGCCAGUCCCAGUGGUCAGAGUUUUUCCCAGACUGCGGAGGCUCUUACCAGUCACCCAUAGAUGUGGAUAAGGCCCAAGCUCAGUAUGACCCUUCACUGAUCCCAGUUCAGACACUGGGAUAUGACCAGCACGGGAAUGCACCGUUCAUCCUCUCCAACAAUGGACACACGGUGAACAUGGCUUUGCCAGGCUGGAUGGGCGUGGCUGGGUUGCCAUGGCAAUUCAGUGCCGCCCAGCUGCACCUACACUGGGGAAAUGGAGCAGGUGAAGGCAGGGGCAGUGAACACACCAUAGACGGGCGGAGCGCUGCCGCAGAGCUGCAUGUGGUCCACUAUAACUCAGAGCUCUACACGAACCUGUCAGAAGCUAUGACCCAGAAGAACGGCCUUGCGGUCCUGGGCGUCCUUAUAGAGAUAGGAGAAGAAACUAACCAGGCCUAUGCCAACAUCAUCAAUUACCUGCAUCGCAUCAAACAUGCUGGUCAGUCUGUGGCCAUUCCGGCCUUUGACGUGCGCACGCUGCUCCCUGCGGAUCUGGGCCUGUAUUACCUCUACAACGGUUCUCUGACCACUCCCCCCUGCUACCAGAGUGUCCUCUGGACCCUCUUCACACAGACCGUCAAAAUCUCCCUCGCACAGUUGCUGAAGUUGGAGACGGUGAUGUACUCCACUAAAGCAGACGUUAGUGAACCCACUCUGCUCCAGGACAACUACCGCACGACCCAACCGCUUCACAACCGCACAGUGCUCUCCUCGUUCCCACACGUGUCUGUGAAAGUUUACACAGCAGGAGAGGUCUCUGCUAUAGUAAUGGGUUCUUUGUGUGGGUGUGUGGGUUUGGCUGUGAUCAUUCGCUUCAUCGUAAAGACCAUACGCUCUACGUCCAGCUGGGACGUCCUCCACAACGUCCGCCCCACCCCCCAGUCCAGAACUAAUGACUUGGCAAAAGAAUCCAAGCAGGACAUGGAUUUAAGGACGACCUCUGACCCAGGAAAGAAAGAGGAGUCCCCACCUCAGGCUGAACCUUAA